AUGAAAGAAAAUGAAAAAACCUUUAAUCAAACAUCGAACGAUAGAGAGUUUAGCAAUGAGAAAGAGAAGACGAUUGAUCUUGACGACGUACUCAAAAACGAGAUUGGUCAAUUCGGUAGAUACCAGAUCCGAACAAUUAUCCUUUUGUCACUACCUAUGCUGAUGGGUGCAUUCUCUAGUGAGUAUGUAUUCUCCGCGGCUUCGAUUCCACACAGGUGUCAAAUUCCGGAAUGCGGCGAGGUGGGCAAAGACUUUGAACUUCAGCCCGAGUGGAUUUUAAAUGCUGUUCCAGAAACAAACUCUGGUGGUCUCUCCAGCUGCCAGCGUUAUAAACCUUUAGGUCUCAACGGCUCUCUAGAUUUCUGUCCAGCUGAUAUAUUUAAUAUGAAUAACGUUAUCGCUUGCGAAGGCUAUGUCUACGGAAAAAAGAAUUCUGUUGUUUAUGAUUUCGACCUAGGCUGCCAAGAAUGGAUGAGAGCCUUUGCUGGCACUCUAAGCACUAUCGGAACAUUGCUGGUUUUGCCAAUCACAGGAUACUUUUCCGAUCGCUUCGGUCGCCGACUGGCACUCAUCGUGAAUACUUUUAAUUUUGGUCUCUUCGGCUCCAUCAGAGCCUUCUCUACGAACUACACUAUGUAUUUGGUGCUCCAUUUCCUGCAGACAUGUUUGGGUGCCGGUUUAUACAGCUCCGCUUACAUUUUCGCUACGGAACUGGUUGGACCUAAGUAUCGAGUGCUGACUGGCGCUAUAUGCCCCUCGAUGUUCGCUGUGGGUUUAAUGGCCUUGGGAAGUGUGGCGUGGGUAACAGAAUCCUGGCGACACAUGAUUUUGUUCUUACACAUGCCUUGCUUCCUCAUUGUCUCUUACUACUGGUUUCUUGGUGAAAGCGUACGGUGGCUUUUAUCAAAGCAAAAGUACAACCGAGCAAGGUCUGCUUUGGAAAAUGUAGCGAAAACAAAUAAGACAGAAAUAAGCCAGAAGUCAAUGGAAGCGUUGCUGCGUCCAAAAGCCCAGAUGACAGUUCCCAAAGGAGGGCGCCAUUUGGUCAAAGAAGUUCUUCGAUCUCGUAUCCUUUUGCGCCGAGUUUGCACUACUCCCAUAUGGUGGAUCGCUUCUACGUUCGUGUAUUAUGGUCUUUCUAUCAACUCAACUAGUUUGUCUAGCUCUAUGUAUCUGAAUUACAUCCUCACCUGCGGUAUAGAGAUUCCGGCGAACUUCACCACCAUCCUCAUCCUAAACUGGAUAGGCAGAAAGCCCACUUUAUUUGGAGACUUGAGUAUGGCACGAUUAUUAUUAUACCUGCUGGGAAAGUUGGGUAUCUCAGUAGUGAUGAUGACACUGUACGUAUACACGUCGGAGCUGUACCCAACUGAGUACCGUCACAGCCUACUAGCUUUCUCCUCCAUGAUUGGAAGAAUUGGUUCGAUCAGCGCACCUUUGACUCCGGCUUUGAUGGUGUAUUGGCAGAGUUUACCGUUCGUUCUGUUCGGUGGCAUGGGUCUGUUAGCUAGCCUUCUCGUCCUUACCCAGCCGGAGACCCAAGGAAUGAAACUGCCCGAUACGCUGGCUGAAGCGGAAGCGAUUGGGAAAACUGUUGUCAAA